AAACCCAGCAGCCUUAUGGAAAGCAGAAACCAAACAGGAAUCAGAAACUUUCUCCUCCUGGGAUUCACAGAGGAGCCAGACCUGCAGCCUCUCCUCUUUGGGCUGUUUCUGUCCAUGUACCUGAUCACGUUAACUGGGAACCUGCUCAUCAUCUUGGCCAUCAUCUCAGACUCCCACCUCCACACUCCGAUGUACUUCUUUCUCUCCAACCUUUCCUUUGCUGACUUUUGUUUCACUUCCACCACCAUCCCAAAGAUGCUGGUGAAUAUACAGACCCAGAGCAAAGUUAUCACCUAUGCAGGCUGCCUCAGCCAGACAUAUUUUUUCAUUGUGUUUGGAUGUCUGGACAAUUUAUUCCUGACUGUGAUGGCCUAUGACCGCUUCGUGGCCAUCUGUCAUCCCCUGCACUACAUGGUCAUCAUGAACCCCCAGCUCUGUAGGCUGCUGGCUCUGGGGUCCUGGUGCCUCAGCAUCAUGGUCUCCCUGCUUGAUACCUUGACCCUUUUGAGGCUGUCUUUCUGCAGAAGCAUGAAUAUCCCACACUUUUUUUGUGAUCUUCCUGAAGUCCUGAAGCUCGCCUGUUCGGACACCCUCAUCAGUAACAUAGUGGAGUAUUUUGUGACUGUUGUCAUAGGUGUUCUUCCCCUCUCUGGGAUCCUGUUUUCUUAUUCUCUGAUUUUCUCCUCUAUCCUGAGAAUUUCAUCAGCCAGGGGCAAGUACAAAGCCUUUUCCACCUGUGGGUCUCACCUCUCGGUGGUUUCCUUGUUCUAUGGCACAGGCCUUGGGGUCUACCUCAGUUCUGCAGCCACUUCAUCUCCUAGGACAAGGCUGGUGGCCUCGGCAAUGUACACCAUGGUCACUCCCAUGCUGAACCCCUUCAUCUACAGUUUGAGGAACAGGGACAUGAAGGGGGCCCUGGGGAGGCUCCUCAACAGGGCAGCUCCUCUCAGUGCUGGGACCUUUGCAGGACUCUCAUGA